CAGCCUUGUGGUCACCACCUGGGCAGAGUCAGGCCUCUUUCUGGCUUGAACAAAUGAAGGCACACCAAUCAGCCAGCAGCUUAACGACUCACGCCCAGUCUGCACAGGUUGAAGCCACAGCUCAAGCGUCCGGCAAGAAGCGAUAUGCUCUCUCUGUCAUAGUCUCGAACAUCGCAUACCCACCCACGGACCGCUCGCACUGGGCACUCGGACUGCAUGAAAUCGGUCAGAGCUCCGGCUUCUUCCUGCACGCCGUGAUAUCUCUUCAUGAAAACAAGUAUCGCUGGACGGUGGACGGCGGCGACCUUCCGGACAUCUUCUACGGCGCCGAAGGCCACUUUAAGAUCGCCGAAAUUGAUCCGCGUCAUGUUGCCAGCGUGAAAAUGCUCAUGCAGAAGAUGUUGCCUCCACAACAGGAGGGCGCACAAUGUCAGGAUUAUGUCAUCGCGACGGCCUACAAGCUGGAGGAAGUCGGCAUCUUGCCAAAGAACACUUUCAAUCGGUUGUUGAGUCUGCGGCUGCAGAGUGUGAAUGGAAUGCGAGCUGCGGCAGGUCCUCGAUGGACGAAUGUUACUUGGCGAGGCCCGGCCUGAUCAGAUAUGAUGUUUCGGCAAGGCAGGUCUUGGAUAUCAUCGUUACAGGCAUUGGACUGCGAGACCCCGUUGAAGUGGCUCAUCGGGUACAACCCCGAUGAGCAUCUCCGGGACUUGGCAAGUUGUCGUAGACGUUGUCGGUAUUCAAGGUUGAAAGAUCAUCGAAAUGAGAUAGGA